CAAGCUGGGAGCAGCCAUCACAGAAACCCACUGGCUCUUGAAGGAUGGCUUCUCAGCAUCUCCUCCUCCUUUGCCUCGCUGGACUGGUAUUUGUGUCUGAGGCUGGCCCUGUGGGCACUGGUGACAGCAAGUGUCCUCUGAUGGUCAAAGUCCUAGAUGCUGUCCGAGGCAGUCCUGCAGUUGACGUGUCUGUGCACGUGUACAAAAAGGCUGCUGAUGAGACCUGGGAGUCCUUUGCCUCUGGGAAAACCAGUAAGACUGGAGAGCUCCACGGGCUCACAACUAGUGAGAAGUUUGUAGAAGGGGUAUACAAAGUGGAAUUAGACACCAAAUCGUACUGGAAGGCACUUGGCAUCUCCCCAUUCCAUGAAUAUGCAGAGGUGGUGUUCACAGCUAACGACUCUGGCCACCGCAGCUACACCAUCGCCGCUCUGCUCAGUCCCUUCUCUUAUUCCACCACCGCCGUCGUCAGCAACCCCCAGGAAUGAGGGACCUGGAGGAAGAGGCAUGGAAGUUCAUGUAACCACUAGUGUUUCCUUUUUACAAAAGCAGUGUUUUCAUGUUAUAAGCUAUGUUAGAUACUCGGGCAGAGACAAUAAAACGUUUCUGUUAAAGCACCA